AUGGUUACGUGGGUGGCCUUCUUUGCCGCAGGUAAGUAUAAUUACACAACUCUCAGCCGUCAGUUGGCCACGGCCACACUUAACCCCCAAUUCUCACAGCUUUGCAUCAAGGUCUCCUGCAAGGCCGAGGCGGGUUCGAAUCGACUAUGCAUGCGCAUGAUUCAUCCCACAUACGUCGGCUCGGCUCUGAUUCUGCUGCCGCGUCUCUUGGUUCUUUGCGCCGUUUCGCCAGCUGAUGUCGAGGUCGACUUGGUGUUCCCGGUGGCCAACGAGACGUACAAGAAUGCCUCGCAGCUGUGGCAGGAGAAGGACGAGAUCGCGCCCUUUGUAAUUCAUUGGACCAUUGACGGAUACCCGGACGAAACCGACUUUCGAAACAGUGGACGGAAUUUUGGAACAGAGAAGUUGGAGAGCCUCGCCAAGCCUGGUCCUCGCCCAGAAGACGGCGUUCAUAUGGUCUUCGGGAGCCCCAACAGCAACAUGAUCAACGGCACGCAACGUGUUUUCUUGCUGGCGUACACCACAUUUUUGAGCUGGGCCUGCUCUCCAAACAAUUCCACGCCUCUCAGGCCGGUCUAUGCCUCGGAGCAGAUCACAUUUUAUUUGGACCCCGAGCCGAUUCGGCUGCCCGAUUUCGCCCACAUGGCGUCUUCCUGCCCUGUGCCCAUCACCAACUUCGAAUUUGACGGUCUUGGAAACUCCUUAGGAGAGCGAUGCAUGAAGAUGGCUUCCACUCGCGAGGCGGAUCCCUGCGGGCUGAAGCAGAAUGAAGAAGACCUGGCGAACCGCACAAUGAUGGCUAUGCUUGACUUCGCGGGAUGUCCAAACGGGACGUGGCCUGACCCUGAAGGCUUAUUGGGCCCUCGGUUCUGUAAUGCUCCUAAAAAUUCGUUGACUGCCAGGGAGCUCAGUGGAAAAUUGUUAGCCAUGUCAGUUCUCGCUUCUGCCAUUGCCAUUGGGAGCAUGUGA